CGGGGUGGGGCGGUGGCGGUGGGCGCUGUCGCUGCCGCCCCGUGAGGGCCGGGCCGUAGCUCCGGGCCGGGGACCCGGGAACCGGCACACAGCCCUGGUUCCGGCCCCGGUACCGGCCGCGGCCUCCCCUGCGCUGCCCCCGCGCGAGCGGAGCCGGCGGUGAGGCCUUGCCGGGGUGGGGGCUGCCCGCCGGGCCGGUUCCCCUCAGAGCGGCCGUUCGGGACGGCGCGUGCGCGGCCCCGGGGCUCGGGCGGGCCGGGCAGGACAAACAGCGGCUGCGGCGAAGGGGCCUGUGAGGGGCACUUGGGCACGCAGUCGGGGCAGGACAGCGAUCCCUCACACUGAGGGGUUUAAAACAAAAAUAUUUACGUGAUACCUCAGUGCACCAGGCCUUUGUUGUCCCCUCAGUGCCAGCUGCUCCAGGAAGAGGAGGUAUUUGAGCUGAAAUAGAUUCCACUGGAGCAAACGUCUCUGCCCAAGCAGGACCAGCUCUGCCUUCCCUGAGUUCUGCUGGUGGCAAUGUCUCCUUGGGCCGGGCUCCUCUCCACCACUGCCAGAGUCAGCCUGCUGCUGCUGCUGGGGUCUGUGCUCUUCUCCUGCUCCAGCCACAGAGCGCCCGAGUUUGCCCUCACAAAAAUAGAAGAGAGCGACAUGAAAGAUGACAGUGGGAAGGAGCUGGGGACAGAGGAUGACGCUGAUCCCGAAGACCUGGAAGUGUUUUACCCCACGGAUCAGUGGCAAACCCUGCGUCCAGGUCAGGCUGUUCCUGCAGGGUCACACGUGCGGCUGAACCUGCAGACAGGAGAGAGAGAAGCCAAGCUCCCAGACAGAGAAAAUGGGGAAAGUGACACGAGAGAAGAAAGAAGAAGGAAAAGGCUGGGCAAGGUUGAUGUUGAUGCAAAUUCAUUCACAUCGGAGGAGCUCAAAAAGGCCUUGGCUAAAAUGAAGGAAAGUGAGAAGGCAGAAAGGAAGGCCCGAGAGGAAGAGGUGAGGAAGAAGUUCCGACCCAUAGAGCAGCUGAAGGAGGAGUUUGAAAAGCUGAAUAUGAAGAUAGAAACAGAUUAUGAAAUUAUGGUUAAAUUAAUCAGCAAAUUCAACAGCUCUGCCUCCACGCUGGAUGAAAAAGUCGCGGCGCUUUAUGAUCUCGAAUAUUAUGUUCACCAGGUGGACAAUGCUAAGGAUUUCCUGUCCAUGGGUGGGCUCCGGCUGGUGAUCGAGGGGCUGAACAGCAGCGAGGCCUCGCUGAAGGAACAUGCUGCCUUCGUCCUGGGAGCUGCCCUGUCCAGCAACCCCAAAGUGCAGAUCGAAGCCAUUGAGGGGGGUGCCCUGCAGAAGCUCCUGGUUAUCCUGGCCACAGAACAGCCCCUGGCCGUCAGGAAGAAGGCUCUCUUCGCUUUGUCCUCCAUGCUGAGGCACUUCCCCUAUGCCCAGCAGCAGUUCCUCAAGCUGGGUGGCCUCCAGGUGCUCAGGAGCCUCUUCCGGCAGAAGGGGAUGGAGCCCCUCCAUGUCCGUGUGGUGACACUGCUCUACGACCUCAUCAUGGAGAAGAUGCUGCUUGAGGACUCCCAGCACGGAGAGCAGAUGGAGGAGAAAAUCCAGCAGUACCAGCAGGUCAGGCUGGUGCCGGCGGUGGUGGAGCAGGGCUGGUGUGCCCUGGUGCCCAACCUGCUGGCCAUGCCCGAGCACGACACCCGCGAGAAGGUCCUCAAGCUGGUGGGGGUCCUGGUGGCCUUCUGCAGGGAGCACUACCGCGGGGACCCCGCCCUGGGCUCCGCCCUCAGCCUCCUGCGCAGCGAGUACGAGGAGCUGGCGGCCGAGGAGCAGAGGGAAGGGGACAAGGACGGCUACUUCAGGGAGCUCCUGGGCUCUGUAAACACCAUCAUCCAGGAACUGAGGUGAAACUGGGGGUUCUGUCCAAUUCCAGGGAUUUCAGGGUGACAGCAAGUUUGGAUGGCACUGGUGCAGGCACACUUUGGAAUAAAAUGCUGGACUAAGCGAGAUCUCA